GCUGUUUCCUGUUCCACUGAUUAUCUCACAUGUUGCAGCUCCUGUGAGUCGAGCUUCACUUCGACCAGAAGCUUCUCUUCUUCUCUUUGUUUAAAGGUAAACUGGCUGUAAAAAAAACUUGAUUUCCAGGAGCUGUUGUCUCGGAAGAGUUUUAUCCAGAAGGUUGAGCAGGAACGUGAAAUGGAGGAUGGAAACAAACAGUCACACACGUUUGGGAAUGGACAACAGAGAACUCACCACCCAAGACCUUUUUUCUACGUCCAGCCUCCAUCUCAACCUUAUUACGUCUACCAGCACUGGCAGCUGAGCAACCCUUACAGUCACUAUGGUUUGCCUGGAGGUUUUAAUUACAACCGUCCCUGCAUGCCCCCCUACCAGUACAUGCAGUACCCCGGCUACGUUUACCCACAGGCUCCCAUGUAUCCGGUUGACAACAGGCGAAUGUUUGAGCCUCGGUUCCACGCUCCCCCGUGGAGCCAGCAGCCCUACUCACAACCUCACGGGCAUCGAGAAAUGGCCUGUUCAGAGGCCCAGACGGAUCCCAGUGAGGCUAUAAACAAGCUGAUUGAGUGCCUGGAUAAAAUCAGAGCCAACGAGCUGCAGGGCGCCGAGAGAGAACUUGACUCUGGUGUCGCCUCCCAAUCCUCUGGGAUGUUUUCUCCAGGGGAAGAGAAGAAGAGUGAAGGUCAGGGUCACGUCCUGCCUCCAGGGCCGGAUGACACUCCUGCCGUGGCCUUCAGUGACUCCACAACAGCCGUGUAUGAUGCAGAGUCCAGCCACAGGAGCCUGGACGCCCUAAGCCCUCAGGGAUGCUGGUCAGGCGCCAUGGAGGAAGAGCUGCCCCUCGACAGCUCCUCUGUUCAUGAAGACUGCCCAGACCUCGAGCAGCUGGUGGAGGAUCAACACUUUCCCCCUCUGGAGAGCGAAGAGGUCACAGAUAUCCAGUCAGAUGUCCUUGUGACUGAUGCAAGCGUUCCCAGAUGUGAUGUUGAAGAGCUCCUGAAGUCUUCACUAGCACCUUCCUUCUCCACUCAGCCUGUCCUCAAGGAACCUAAGAGCAGCGACACCACCUCCAAGUCAGAACAUCAGGCAGCUUCUCGGGAGGAAGCCAAAUCAGAUGCAAGCUACCAGAUCCUCAAGUUGCCCUUUGAGAGCCUUUUGCCGCCUGGAGCUGCCGGAGCCGGCCGCCUCUCCUCCCCUGCAGCCCCCUACUUCUACAACUACCUCACCAUGCAGAGCACGCACGAGCGGAUGAGCGUCCUCAGUCCGUCUCUGGACGAGCUGUCCUCCAGGGAUGAGAUGUUCUCCACAGAUCUGGACGACGUGGAGCUUUUCCCCAAACACGUGUACACGGGCCGCAGGCUGGCAGAGGUUGUGGGUGUGUCGCCUCAAGCUGCCGAAGAAGUGGAAGAAGUGUGGCUGCCGGGUUCCAAGAGGUUCAUGUGCGCCUGCUGUGGGAGAAACCUGGCCAAGGGUGCAGGUCGGAACAAAGGCCACAGCUCCACAGCCUACAGAGACGAAGCUGGGGACUCUGAGGAGGAAGGCAGGUAUGUGAGAGGGUGUGAGCAGCCGGUCAGGGUGGUGGUGAGGAAGCAUUCUGCACCCAGGAAGCCUCAGGCUGUCCCACCGAGACAGGCAGCAAAACCCUGGUAUAAAAGAAACCAGUACAAAGACGCCUCGCAUCCAUUCGACCAGGAGGGAGGACACGGCCUCUGCGAGCAGGAAGCAGCUGGGGGGGAGCUCGGAGCUGUGACUGGCAGCGAGCUGCAGUUCAGAACAUGUGAGGAGCGAGUCUGCAGAGAAGAUCCGACCAGUGCAGAGAAAAGCAGGUGGGCGGACGGAGAGCUGAUCCCGAGGAGGAGACAAGGAGCCGCUCCGCCACGACAAGAGAUGAGUUCUCAGAGGAAAGUGAUGUACCAGCGGCCGAGAGACGAGGACAACGAUGACGAGCCGCCUCCGUUACACUGGGAGAGAGGCUCGUCCAUGAGAGGAGAACCGAGAUGUUAAUGUUCCUGGACCGACUUUUGAUCAACGUGUUGAACUGUCCCCCUGAAGGUGUAAAUGUUCCAGUAAUGUAAUGAUUUAGAGCACCAGGUGAAAUGCACUGCACAGGAAGCCUCUUUUUGUUGGAUAUAAAAAUUAAAAAAAUAUAUAUAAGUAUAAAGUUUCUGCAGAGACACUGCCUUUCACUAUUCAUGAUUAAUGGAUUUCACGACCAGGCACACGGGCUGAGAAUGAAGGUGUUGCCACUGUUUGGGGCCAGUCCAAUAAAGUAUUGUUAUUAUUAUUUAA